CCAAACGAUUCAAAAUUUCCGCUACCGGUUCUCCAGAAGUGGUCAGAACCUGCUGAACGCCACCCCUGCUUCCCACCGGUCCAAGAGUGAUUUCUGAGGCGGUUUCUUUUCACCUACAGCUCAGAGAGCACCAGGUCCUAUCGACGGAUUAGUAGCAGCUCGAUGGGUAAAUUUUCCAGCAGCCCUCUUUCCCCGCAGAGCCCCUGUUGCCUGGAAGAAGGGCCUCUAUGCAAAACUGCGGUGCCAGGGCCAACACCUCUGCCUGUGCCAACGCCAAGAAGAUUUGCACCAGCCAAAGGACGGUUAAAGCGAGUCAAGGCUCUGGCUGACUGUAAAGGGGACAAGGCCCGCGAGCUGACUUUCUCUAAGGGCGAAGUCAUCGUAGUAACACGGGAAGAGGACGAACAAAAUUGGGUUGGAUUCAUUGAAGGUGAUGGCACAAGGACAGGUGUCUUUCCUUCCAACUUUGUCCAGCCAUUGCAAGACUGAGUGGACCCAGAUUGGUCUUCUCUGAAAAGAGGAGGCAGCAUGAUCGGUUCUGGAGAUGGGACAAGGUGUGGAGGCUUGCUGGAUCUCCAUAGAGCCUGGUCUUCGUGGGAUGUCAUUUCUUUAUUCAGUUCCCCGAUAACGUUGCUAGAAAAAGAUGGUGGAAUCUGGCUUUUGAGACUCUUUUUUUUUUUUGUAGACAGAAAGGGGAGGGGCCAUGGAUAAAGGACAUAUAUGUCAAUAUGACUUGAUGGACCGCUUUUCAUCCCUUCAAUCGUUCGGGGGGUAGUAAGUGACAUUUAUCAUGUAAUGUAGAAGCUCUACUACCAAAUCGUCUUCUUUUGCCAUUGGGUCUCAUUCAGAUUGUUCUAUGCCCAUUUUGAGCCAUGGAAGAAUGGAUCCGAGUUCUUCAGUGCACCACUUGAUUUAAUACCAGUUUCCAUGUCAA